UUGCAUUAACAUGGAUGACUCAUUUUUCAUUUGAGCUACUCUUGAGUUUAUAUUAUAGGGAAAUGUUUUGAUAGAGUUUCGAAAGACCAUUAUAUAUAUCAUGCAAUAAUUGAGAUACUAUAGCGAUAAAAGAAAGGUUUAGACUCAUAAGACGGUGAUUAAUUGCAACCCUGUGAAUCAUUAUCGACAAAAUGAAAAGACUCCUUAAAGAUAUCAGCAGGAAACGUAAUUACACGAGUUCAGGAAAAGAAAAUUCCAAGUACAUUCGCUGUCUGAAUUCUCUGGAUUUAUCUGCAUUAGGAAUAGCGUCAGUGGUCAGUUCUGGAUUUUAUGUGCUCGUUGGAAAGCUCGCUCGAGAUUUAGCGGGGCCGGCAAUCGUUUUGUCAUUUGUUCUGGCAGGAUUCUCUUCUCUAUUAUCAGCUAUAUGUUAUGCGGAAUUUGGAGCUCGAAUUCCCAAGUCAGGAUCAGCAUACACGUACACAUACCUAUCUCUGGGUGAAAUUUGGGCGUUUAUUGCUGGCGGGAACAUGAUUCUUGAGUAUAUCAUUGCAAUGUCUUCCCUCAGUAGAGCGUGUAGUGAGUACAUCAACUCUUUAUCUGGAGGAUAUAUCUACRAACAUUUCUUCGACAAAUUAAGCUGGUGGGAAAGCCCUGCACUUGCGAAAUUUCCUGACUUCCUGGCCCUAUUUAUUUUGAUAUUAAUAUCCAUUAUUAUUGGACUUGGAGUCAAGCACAGUUCCAUUUUUAACAAUACGGUUACAGGUAUCAACCUUCUAGUUAUAACAUUUGCUUUAUGCGUUGGAUCAUACUAUGCAGAUACCAGUAACUGGUCCUCAUGGGAAAAAUUUGCUCCUUAUGGAUUUCAGGGUGUCCUCACGGCAGCUGGCAGUUCUUUUUAUGCUUUCGCAGGCUUUGAUGUGAUCGGAACAGCGGCAGAAGAGACUCUCAAUCCAAAGAAAGCAAUUCCAAGAGCCUUAAUUAUCACAUUUGUGGUCAGUUUCUUGUCUUAUUUUGGAAUAUCUACCGUCCUGACAUUAAUGCUGCCAUAUAACCAACUUGACGAGUUUGCUCCCCUCGCUGAAGCAUUUGCACAAAGAGGAUUCAUUGCAGCCAAGUAUAUUAUCGACAUUGGGGCCAUCGCUUCGAUUCUGACAUGCCUACUUGCAGUAUCGUUUGGUUCAGCUCGAGUUAUUCAUGCUAUGGCAGCGGAUGGAUUAUUAUUCAAAUGGUUAGACAGCAUCAACAGUAAGACCCACGUCCCUCUUCGUGCUCUUGUAUGUUCUACCACCAUCUCUGGAACACUUGCCGUCAUACUGAAUUUGGAACAGUUGAUCGAAAUGCUUUCCAUUGGAACACUGACUGCAUACACUUUAGUAGUUAUCGGUGUGUUAUUGACGAGGUUUCAGUGUGGCAUAGAGAGUGUUUACGAUGAUGAUCCUAUAAUAAUUAAAGAAGAAGAAGAAAAAGAAGAAGAAGAAGGGAGUAAUAGGGUGAAAGUCUGGCUAAAGACUUUGUGGUGCAAAGAUAAGAAAGAUGAAACCAGGAAAUAUGGAGCAGAAUACACACAACUGACCACUUCUGAUAGCACUAACAAAGAGGCAUCACCUAAUGAACCCGAGAACAAGAGUGAACCAACUGAGAGAUCUAGUUUCUAUGCUAGCGUAGCCAUAUUUGYACUUUCAGCGGGUCUGAUUAUCUUCUGCAUCAUGGUCAGUUUUGCACACAAUCAGAUAAGGUUACUGAAGGGAUGGGCUAUUUUAGUGACUUGUAUCAGUGGAGCUAUUGUUAUAUCAGUCAUAGUAUUUCUGUACCAGUUGCCCAGGAACUCAGCCACGUUUCCAUUCAUGGUGCCCAUGGUCCCUGCUCUUCCCAUAAUGACGCUGGUCAUCAACUUCUCAUUGAUUGUGAACUUGAAUUAUUGGACUUACGUAAGGUUUGGAGUGUGGAUGGUUAUAGGACUUCUUAUCUAUGGGUUCUAUGGCCGUAAACAUAGCAACGAAGCAAUUAACAACCAGCCUGUUGACAUGGGACAAGAAAGCGAAUGAUCCACUUCAUAAUUAAUCAGGAAAAGCAGAGACGCAUCUAUGUUAUGAGAUUGCCACUGAACUCCUUCACAUUACUACACCUUUUGCCGUUCAUUAACAGAAAAUGUACAUUCAUUUGUGCCAAUAGUU